AUGCAAACGACCAAGAAGCAUACUAAGACGCACUCAACGUACGCGUUUGAGAGCAAUACCAACAGCGUUGCUGCAUCGCAGAUGCGCAACGCGCUCAACAAAUUGGCGGAUUCCAUAAAAGACGAAGAGGUGCGCGGCAAGUUUGAAGCGGAGCUAGAUUUGUUCUUCACGCUGUUUAGACGGUACUUGGUCGAAAAGGCUUCUGGAAGUACUCUGGACUGGGACAAAAUCAAGUCUCCAAACCCGGAAGAAGUUGUCGACUACUCGGUUAUCGAGCAGCAGCCAGAGAACGUGGCCAAUUUGGCGAAACUCGCGGUCCUGAAGCUUAACGGUGGCCUCGGAACAUCGAUGGGGUGUGUGGGCCCAAAAUCUGUGAUUGAAGUGCGCGAUGGAAACACGUUUUUGGACCUUUCUGUGCGUCAAAUUGAGUAUCUCAACCGUCAAUACGACAGUGACGUGCCACUGCUUCUAAUGAACUCGUUCAACACUGAUGCAGACACUGCCCACUUGAUCAAGAAGUACUCGGCGAAUCGUAUUCGCAUCCGCUCUUUCAACCAGUCACGUUUCCCACGUGUACUCAAAGAUUCUUUACUGCCAGUUCCCUCAUCUUACGACGAGGACCUCGAUGCUUGGUAUCCGCCAGGCCACGGUGAUUUGUUUGAGUCGUUGCAUGCCUCUGGUGAGUUGGAUGCAUUGAUCGCCCAGGGCCGUGAAAUUUUGUUUGUCUCCAACGGUGACAAUCUAGGUGCUACGGUCGAUCUCAAGAUUCUCAACCACAUGAUCGAAAGUGGCGCCGAAUACAUUAUGGAAUUGACUGACAAGACCAGAGCAGAUGUUAAAGGUGGUACUUUGAUCUCCUAUGAUGGUCAAGUUCGUUUGCUCGAAGUUGCUCAGGUGCCAAAGGAGCAUGUCGAUGAGUUCAAAAAUAUCCGCAAGUUCAAGAACUUCAACACCAAUAACUUGUGGAUCAACUUGAAGGCUGUCAAAAAAUUAGUAGAGUCCAGCAGUUUGCAAAUGGAAAUCAUUCCUAACCAAAAGACAAUCAGCAGAGGUGGCCACGACAUUAACGUUUUGCAGCUGGAAACCGCUUGUGGUGCUGCUAUCAGACAUUUCGAAGGAGCUCAUGGUGUGGUUGUGCCCAGAUCUCGUUUCUUACCAGUUAAAACUUGUUCGGACUUGUUGUUGGUGAAGUCAGACUUGUUCUGCUUAGAGCAUGGUGCCUUGAAACUUGAUCCUACCAGGUUCGGUCCAAACCCAUUAAUUAAGUUGGGCUCUCACUUUAAAAAAGUGUCUGGUUUCAACGCCAGAAUACCCCAUAUCCCAAAGAUCGUCGAGUUGGAUCAUUUGACAAUUACGGGUAACGUAUUCCUUGGCAAAGGCGUCACCUUGAAAGGUACCGUUAUCAUUGUCUGUUCUGAAGGACAGAAAAUAGAUAUUCCAAAUGGUUCCAUUCUGGAGAAUGCAGUUAUCACAGGAAACUUGCAAAUCUUAGAGCACUGA